AACAAAGCAAUUUCAACUUCCAAUUAUCCAAUCCAUCCACACACAAUUUCCUUAUGAACUUGAUUUAGGCCAUAAUUAAGGAUGUAAAAACUGCCAAGUACAAAUAAAUAGCCAAUGAUCACUUGUAGUGUAGAAAGAAAAUAAAGACAGAAAAAAAUGGAGGGAGAUGCUAAAAGCUUGAUCAAGAUAUGGAGUUUAGCUAUAAUUAGUUUAUGUUAUUGUUACUAUAUAGUCUCAAAAAUUCCUAAGGGUGUUUUUAGGCUUUUUUCUCUACUCCCUGUAUUUUACCUUUUCGUCAUUAUCCCCUUGGAAUUUGUUUCCCUUCAUCUUAUAGCCCUUUCAACUUUCUUUUUUACUUGGCUUGGCACCUUCAAGCUCCUUCUUUUCUCUUUUGAUCAAGGCCCUUUGUCACCUCUCCCAUCACAAUUUUCCACAUUCAUUUGCUUAGCUUGCUUUCCCAUAAAACCCGGCCAGAAUUCGAACAUCGCACGAGGCUCCCAGCUUUACGAAAACACAAAAUCUAAUCAAAAAUCCAAUAAACGUGCAUGCCGACAUAAAAGUUUAACGGUCGCUUGUGUGCCAAAACCACUAAAUGUAGCAAUUAAAGCAACACUUUUACUUAUUUGUUUUAUAAGCUACAAUUUUAAACAUUUGAUGCAUCAUCAUGUAAUUUUAUUUAUAUAUUGUGUGCACCUCUACCUUGAGUUAGAAAUUGUAUUAGCCGUAUCGGUAAUUCCGGUUCGAGCCCUUACUCGAUUCGAGCUCGAGCCACAAUUCGAUGAGCCUUAUCUUUCAACUUCACUUCAAGAAUUUUGGGGUCAUAGAUGGAAUCUUAUGGCUACAAAUAUUUUGCGACCAUUUGUAUAUCACCCGAUAAGAAACUUAUUUAAGGGUUUAAUUGGACUGACAUUGGCCUCUUUGAUAGCUGUUCUAGCUGCAUUUGGUGUGUCUGGUUUAAUGCAUGAGGUUCUAUUUUUUUAUCUAACACGUGUCAAUCCGACAGGGGAAGCGAUGUGUUUCUUUAUCCUACAUGGCGCUUGCGUGGCAGUUGAGGUGGCAAUAAAGAAAAUGGUGAAGGACAAGUGGAGAUUACAUCCGAAUAUUUCAGCAGGACUAACCUUUGGUUUUGUAAUUGUUACAGCAAUAUGGCUGUUUUAUCCACCAAUAGGAAGGAGUAAUGUUGCUGAAAAUUCUAUAAAAGAAUUCUCAAUUUGGUUAGAUAUACUCAUAGAUAAAUUAAGCAAUUAAUGUAAUAAAAUAUUUAUCAUUAUAGGACCAACCUUUAGUUUUGUAAUAGUUACAACAAUAUGGUUGUUUUAUCCGCUAUUUGGAGUGAAAAUGCUAUAAAAGAAUUCUUAAUUUGGAUAGCUA